AUGUCCUUCAAACGUAAACGUACUUCUGAUAUGAAGGACGGGGGAGGUCACGUGACAGGAACACCCGCAUUCAUCAACUUGAACGUUAAACGUCGUACGGAUGAUCUACUUCUGGCUCAUCACGAUUUUGUGAUUUUCCCGGCGCAUGCAUCCGAGCUCACUCUUCGUACCAGUGAGAAAUAUGAGAAAUUUGAGCUUAAUUACACGUUUAUCGACGUUGUAACCCAACUGGAGGAAGAUCAAAUUACAUCCGGAGAGCCGUUUCUGCACGUGACUAUCACCGACUGUGGAUUCAGUCGAUCGUUUGGGCUUCAAUUGAGCUCCAAAGAUAACAAACGCGGUCGUGGAAAGCGGUUGCAACUUCAUUCUCAGAUGGCCGACGAUAUGUCUCUUGUUCGCGGCUCCACCAUGGACAAUCAACGUUGGGCCACUUAUGCUCCAUUGUUUAUCAUCUCUUCUUGUGUUGGAACUACAUAUUUGUUAGUUUGUCUUGUGUAUACCUUGAUAAGACACUUCAGUUUCACAGACAGUAAAUAUACCGUGCAUGCACGGGUUGUCAGCAGAGGGGAGCAGGGUGAUUCAGUAACAGUUCACAAGAUUCCUCUGGCCCCGCAAUCAUUUCGGUUCAACCGGGGGGGCGAACAACUGUAUUCUUCCCGAUCAGCCGCGGACGACGGUUUGUACUACGGUGAGGGUCAGUACGAGACAAAUCAGUAUAAUCCUGCUGUGAUUCGACUGAAUUCCACGAACUGGCAUCGACUACAGACAACAGAGUCCAGGCCAUGGGCUAUUUACUCGACCAGAUCCCGUUCAAAUGCAAUUCCAGUGCGCCGUGUUCUACUGUUCGCCCACUUAGCAUUUCGUGUAUUUUAUACUUUCCUAUUUACUUUUAGUGUGGCUGUAUCCCUUAUCUUUAGUUUACAACCCGCAACACGUCCUAAUGCUUCCGAAUUGGUAUUCCAGCGGAGACGAAUGCUUGGUCCGCUUCUUCGAUUGCAAGCCGAAUCUCGCUGGCUAGAAUCGUUCGCGGAACAAGAGCUCAGACGUCAGCUUGACUAUGUGGAUCGAAUGAAAGUCGCUUGUCAGCAUGCGGUCGGUGUGGAAAUCACGGAUGCUGUACGCGAAAUGCGUCAACUGGUUCAAGAUACGUUAGACAAAUGGCACUAUGAUGCCAAAGCAAAUGACUAUGAUGAGGGUGGUAAACAACGACAAACGGAAGAAUUAGGGAAUGGAAUCAGUGAAUCACAUAUGUUGAUCAAUAAAUAUUUCGCUCAACAAAGACAAUCGCUGGACAAGUAUCGUGUCCAAACUGAGCAAGCAUUUGACUAUCGUGUAACCAAUUUUUAUCGAGCAUACGCACAACUGUUGGAUAACACAUACAAUUCGGGUUGGUUGAGGUAUGUUCAGCGAAUGCUCAAUACCAGCCUGAAAUCCGACUCGACGGUGCUGGAGCGUGACUCAUUAGGGAUGAGCAGAGAUUCGGCCUUGUUCGAUGCAUACGAUCACACACGUUGGAGAGGCACGUUGCAUUCUCACUACCUUAUGGCUCAGCAAAACUCGGGGUUGGACACAAAACACGUGACAAUGAUGACCUACAUGGGUUUUCAGCAGGCGGAAUUCGUGCACUUUUUGCCCCUACAGUUAAAGCAAGAACUAAAACGGGUGUUUCUGUCGAAUCAAUAUCGACCGCAAGUUUUACCUCCGGAUUUGGUGAAAGCAACAGAACCUGUUGGUCUAACCGACCGCCAGGUGUACAGCACCGAUGUUGGGGGUGCCCAAAAACCACCUGUCGGAUCCACGGUGGAGCGCACAUUUCUCAGCACGAAUGACAUGCAUCACGUGGAAGUGUCGAGAGAUUCCAGCCUGUUGGAAGCUGAAUAUACGUCCACCACCGAAAGCACAGAGUUGACAUUUCGCCGUGGACGUUGGACGAAUGAGACCCUUUCCCCACGUAUUCUCGGUCAAGUGCACGCGCUGUCCCUGACCGAAUUGCGACUAGUCUUACUUGUGGUUGACUUUUUUAUUAUUAUCUGUCGAUUCUAUCACACGUUUCUUAGUCUAAGAAAUUUGUGGUUCGGACAGAAAAUACAUGUGGACGCGGCCAGUUUGUUGACAGUUCGAUCCGGUGCAGAAUCGGCCACGGGGACAUUGCUACAUGCAAGCCCGAGCCUGGGAACGAACAAUCGCAGAGGUCGACUUAGCCAUACGACUGACAAUGGGGAUGGUGUGAUACGAUCUAGCAAGUCCACCGGUCUAGGCAGACAUUCAUCGUCCAAAUUGGCUUUGUUACAAGAAUUGUCCAAACAGAAUAAUCGCUAUGAAUGUACACAUGUGGACCAGGAACAACAGGCUGACCUGAUGGCCGAUCAAGAAGUCAGCGAGUUGGAUCCGACUUCGGAAAAGACCACACGAGAUAAACCCUCAGAUAUGAGUGUCCAAGCCCAACCACUACACAGCAAUAUGCGAUCUCUGUUUGCAGCCUACCAAUGCUUUCCUACCAAUCCGCAUAUUGUAUUUCGAACAGAGCCGCUUCCCCUGGAAGCCGCAUUGGCCCUUCCACCACCUCCAUCACUCGGACCGGAACAGAAUGUGGGCUGCCUAUUGGGUAUUCGUGUCACAUGCUGUCGUCAAUCCCACUACCUGUGUGCAGUAGUUGGUAUUACCGUAGUCUUGGCUCUGUUCGGCCUGUUAAUAUUACAGGAACAAAGGGUUCUUGUGCAACCGACCAAUGUCGAUCACCGUGUGUGGCGUGAGCGAACUACAAAUCAGGUCUCCAAAACCGUCGGUCAGACUGCUACGCUCAGAUUGUCUUUGCAGUUGUCCGCCGCACAAUUUCACUAUGAGAAUAUUAUUGAAGAACAAGCCAAACGACUCAAUGGGGAGUGGUUAAUGUGGACAAAAAGCAAAGAAUUGUCCAUGCGGCGUCGUUUGCUGAGUUACACCUCCAGGUUCAAGCAUGAUUUUUCGUUCUUCGAUCGGCAAAUCAAGGCUGAGAGUGAAUUGAUCGCCGCGGCUACAGCACGUUUAACGAAGGAUGCCACCGGCAAACCCGAUCGUUCCUUGCCCAGAACAAACAGCUCUGCGGAACUGACAUCGACGACCAGGUUGAAUUCUGAAUUGCUGUUUCGGCAACAAAUUUGUCAUUUUCUUCCCGUUGUCCCAGUACGUAUGCCCAACACUGCUCAACAAGAAAUCAAAAGUCCUACACGAUUUAGUAACGAGGUUGACUACAAGAAAAUGAGCGUGCAAAAUCUCCUAUGGACUGCUCUGAUCAGCCGUGCUGUGGACUUUGACUGGAGUAGUCUUGAACAAGCCCGACAGCUCAGUGUGACUGCUCUGUUGGUGGCAAUCGGAAUGCUCGGUUGCGUUGGUAUUGUGGACAUUUGUGGUUGGAUGGUGCAACUGCGUUACCUCAACCCACUGUACAAAACCGCCCGAUCCGGUGAGGCUAGUCAUACAUCUAGGAGUGAGUUGCAGUCCGGUUGUUCGAAUCUAAUCCCUGUGGAUCCGGACCACAUAGUUCUAGUGUCACCCCAACCGCCACCAAUUAUUCCUUAUCCUGAAGAAGAAGAACAAAACGGUGACCAACAACGUCUCCCAGUAAGACCGCCUGCAUCACCCACGGCACAAACACAUUCAUCAUUGUUAGGACUUGAUUCCCCACUAGCCGGUCCAAAACGGACCAGUCUGAAGACUAGCUGGACGCAGCAGCAGCAGCAGCAGCAUCACCACAACCAACAGCAGCAACAACAACCGCAGUUACCCCUGACCGCUUUCUACGUGGAUCCCAAUUUGGUCCUAACAUCGAAUACCAUCCAUGGUCUUCCACUUGCCGUUUCCUCUCAGUCCGUCCCAAUCUACAUUGCCCACACACCAGGGUCUCCUAUCGUGAUUGCCCCAACAUCUGGAAUGAGCCCAACCCAAACCCGUACGACACAAUCCACAUGA